CACAUCACUAACCGGGGAAUUUUCGGACUUCAUUUAUAGUCAUUUGAGACACAGCAGUCAAAGUUGAAGGACAAAAUCCAAAUUCUUUUCUUCUUCUCUGGUUUAUGCUUUAGCAAAAAGACUCGACCUUCUCUCUCACUCCAUUAACAAAACCAACAAAAUCAAGAGAAGAGCCUCAGCCUAGCCUUCUUUCUUUACAUCUCAUUCUCUCUAGUUCUCUUUUGCCCUCUCUCUUGUAUGGAAAAUAGAAGUGACAGUGGUUGACACUUGAUGCUGUGAAGCCAAAAAAAUGGAUGUGUUUUGCAGGUUUUUGUUUGUCUUUUCACUGUUUGUGUUUGUCGAAUCUACAUGCAACAGCACAGACCAAGAACUGGUCUCGAAGGCUUUUAGCUCUGUCUCUGGCUUCAAUCUUUCCUGGUUUCAACAUUCUGGUCCUGCUUCAAACUGUUCUCAUCCUUCUAUAACAGAAAUAAGACUUCCUUCAAGAAACUUGAGUGGAAGCAUUUCUUGGAAGUAUCUCAAGAACAUGUCCCAACUGCACAUAAUUGAUCUCUCCAGCAAUUCACUUCAGGGUCGGGUGCCAGCUUGGUUUUGGUCUAUAAAGAGCCUGCGUGAAGUCAAUCUCUCCAAGAAUGGGCUUGGAGGAAGCGUUGGGUCUGGGAUUAAUGGCUCAUCUAUAUCAAUGCUUAAAGUGCUCAAUCUCUCAACCAACAGGUUCACCAACUUGGAUAAACUCUCUGGUUUUGGGAAUCUAGAGGUUCUUGAUAUCUCUCACAAUGAUUUAGGUUCUUUGCCUUCCGGGUUCGCUAACUUGACCAAGCUAGAGUCUCUAAACAUCUCGAGCUGCAACAUUUCAGGCAACAUAACAGUCACUUCAGGUCUCCAAUCAUUGAAGUAUCUGGAUGUCUCAAACAACACCAUGAAUGGUAAAUUCCCUUCUGAUUUCCCUCCAUUAGAUGGCCUUGAGUUCUUGAAUGUUUCACUAAACAACUUCUCAGGGCUUGUUGGCUAUGACAAGUACAACAAAUUUGGAAAAUCUGCUUUUAGUCAUGGUGGUAGUUUGAUUUUCAACACCUCAAAAACCCCAACUAAUCGCACCAUGAAGCCACAAUCCCAGCCUCACGAGGGAACCAUAAAAAAAUACCCACCAGUUUACUUACAUGCCAAAAAAGCAAGGCCCAAAUCAAAAGCCAAAACUUUGAUUAUUAGUGUCUCAUCGACAUCAGCAUUCCUCUUGGUUUCUAUUGCUGUUUGCGUCUUCUGCAUGCACAGAAGGCGAAAGAUUGCAAAAAGAAACAAAUGGGCAAUCUCUAAACCAGUCCAAUUCACAUUCAAGAUGGACAAAUCAGGGCCGUUCAGCUUUGAAACGGAGUCAGGUUCAUCAUGGGUGGCAGACAUUAAGGAGCCAACAUCAGCACCAGUGAUCAUGUCAUCUAAGCCAUUGAUGAACUUCACUUUCAAGGACUUGAUUGCUGCCACCUCACAAUUUGGCAAGGACUCUCUCCUAGCAGAGGGCAGGUGCGGACCCCUCUAUAGGGCUGUCCUACCAGGGGACCUCCACGUGGCGAUCAAGGUUUUGGAGAAUGCAAGGGACCUUGAUCAUGGUGAUGCAGUAGCUAUUUUUGAAGAUUUUUCCAAACUGAAACACCCCAACCUCUUGCCACUAUGUGGGUACUGCAUCGCAGGUAAAGAGAAGCUCGUACUGCACGAAUUCAUGUUCAACGGAGAUCUCCACCGUUGGCUCCACGAGCUGCCCACACUCAAAACCAACUUGGAGGACUGGAGCGCUGACACGUGGGAGAAUCAAAACAUCCACGGGUCCCACGUUGCUUCUCCUGAAGAAAAAACUAACUGGCUCACGCGCCACCGAAUUGCCGUCGGGGUGGCUCGUGGUGUUGCCUAUCUCCACCACGCGGGAUCCAUUCAUGGCCACCUCGUCGCGUCCAACAUCCUCCUCUCUGAUUCCAUCGAACCCCGGGUUGCCGAUUUUGGACUUCGAGACGUCGGCCAAAAGAACAGAAGUGUCGGUUUGGAUAACAAAGAUUGUGGGUUUGAGUAUGACGUGUACUGUUUCGGGGUUGUGUUGAUAGAGUUAAUGACGGGCGAACAAGGGAGCGGAGAGAAUGUGGGGUGGGUGAGGAGGCUAGUGAGAGAGGGUCGUGGUGGUGACGCGAUUGACUCGAGGCUGAGACUCGGUGGCGACUCAACAAGCGAGAUGGUUGAGUGCCUCCGAGUUGGGUACCUCUGUACGGCUGAGCUGCCUGAGAAGAGGCCCACCAUGCAGCAAGUCUUGGGUUUGCUCAAAGACAUACAUCCGUGUUGAGUUGAGUCACCAGAGUCUGGUUGAAAUAUUACCUCACGCGCAUAGGAUAACUACGAGGCCAACAUGGUGCAAUGGCGCGUUUUGAUUGGUUGAAUUGCGAAGUGAUAUGCACGUGCUACGAAGCGAAACGGGGUCUCGGAUUUUAAGCUAAUUUGCAAGAGACCGUGUGCCGUUGGCUAUCUCUCAAGAUUUAUAGCUUUUUGUGUGAUUUAUUUAUUUUUGUCAUCUAUAAACAAAAACUUAAAGGAAAAGAAAAAGGUCUUAAAAAAUAAAAAAUAUAUUCUUUUUAAUAUAUUUAUAAGAAAAAAACACUUUAAAAAAUAAUAAUUAUUACAAUUCCAAACAUUAUCUACCUCAGUGAUUGUAUAUUCUUAAAAGAGUUACAGUCAGCAAACCUUCUUAAACCAUAAGAAGCCUUUAAUCUCCUUUUCAAUUCUUGCUGGACUUUUUUUUUUAUUGUAUUUCUUUCUUCCCUUUAUUCGAUCUUUAAUUGUUUUAUAUUUUUCUUUUGCGUCUUUUGAUAUGGAUUUUCCUUUUUGUUUUUGCUAACUAACGGAAAGAGGGAGAGAUGGAUGCUCCGUGACCAUGCACGUCUAUUUUCAGUUACGUACGUGUGACCUUCAAGUUCUUCUUGUGAUCUUUAGCCUAGAAGAAUCAUAUUUGAUAUUUAACACAUAUGAAGCAGGGACCGGACCGUUUUGGUGUGAUCUUUGAUUAUAUGGCUGUUAUAAAAUAUCUUGUAUAUUAGGUUGAGAGAAUUUUAUUCUUUAUUAGGAAAAUAAGAGGUUUUGUUUUAUU